AUGGACAUUGACAUGCAGCUUAGUGAACUGAAAUUUGUGGCUACUUUGGGUGUGGGCGCCUUUGGACGCGUAAAUCUCGUUACGCAUGCCAACGAUGUCUAUGCGAUGAAGUGUCUUAAGAAGAUGGACAUCAAUUCUUGCGACCAACGGCAUCGUAUUGAUAACGAAUGCAAAAUUUUGGAGCAAUGCAAUAGUCCCUUCAUCUGUCACCUCCAUAAAACGUUGCAGGAUAGCAGAUGCACAUAUUUGCUGAUGGAGCCCUGCUUGGGGGGCGAAGUCUUUUCGUUUCUGCGCAGAAAUGGCGGAUUGCCAGAAUACAAUGCGCAAUUCAUAUCGGCCUGUGUGAUUGAGGCACUCGAAUUUUUGCAUGCCCGCAAUAUUGUUUACAGAGAUCUGAAGCCGGAGAAUUUGAUGUUUGACAGCAAUGGAUAUGUAAAGAUGCUCUCACCCUUUAUGUGGUAUUUUGAAUUCGAUUGGAAGAGCUUGCAAGCGCUAUCCUUGAAAUCACCAUUUGAGCUACCGCUUUCAUCGCCCACCGAUACAAAGUACUUUGAAAACUAUAGCGAAGAAGCAGAGGCCUGGGAAAAGUAUUAG